AUGGCCUGGCUCCAGCAAACACCAGGCUCUGGCGGUCGCGCGGCGUCUCCAACAGUCUUUGAGCAGCAGCGCGAGGAACUCGUCCGAGAGAUUGCAGUGGGCAUGGAGCAAGUACUUCAAAAUAUCAACCGUCUGAAUCGGAAUUUGGAGAGUGUAAUUGCGGUGGGGAAUGAAUUUGGAUCUGUGGAAGCUCUCUGGUCCCAGUUUGAAAACUUUAUGGGCCGGCCUGAAGAACAAGGCGAGGAGGCUGGCAAUGGCAAUGGGAAGCGGAAGGUUAGUGGGGAGAGUGAUGCGAGCAAGUCGGGAGUAAAGCGUGAAAGCGACGAGGGUGAUUCGACAGUCAUGCAGUGA